CAACAACGACAACCAUAGCAACAAAAUAUUAUUGACUUUAUUUAUUUUCUUAAAUAUUUUUGCUAUUUUUUGGGUAGUAUAACAAGUUUAAAGAAAAUUUAACAAAGUUUAAACAAGAUUUGACAUUAGAGAAACAAAAAAAUAUGUUUAACAAAAAAAUUAAGCCACAAACAAUGCAAAAGUUAAAACAAAUUAAUUGCUCAAUGAAGGACAAUGAAGAAAUCUCCCUAGAAAGACAAACACAAAUAAAUAGUAUUAUAAGAAUAAUGCAAGAAUCACUGGAUAAAUUGCGGAUUUCACUAAUAUUACCGCAAAUUUUUGAAAAUUUUCUUACCGUACAACAACGUUUAAGGGGCUCACAAUAUGAAAUGUGUAUAGAAUGGUUGCAGAAAUAUAUACAGGAAAAGAAUAUGGUUCCAGCUAAUAACCCUCCACCUCAUCUAAAUUAUCGUUUAAUUAAAAUUAUAGAUUUCUUUCAUGAAAAUUUGCAGUUAUUUGAAUAUUUUAACGAUUUUUUAAAUGAUCUAACAACAGCUGAUAAAUCUCUGAUAUACACAUUUCAAUUGCUGCUUAAAAUAACCGAAGAGCGUCUAAAGAAAUCUGCCAUAUCGGAACUAAAUAAAGAGAAACGUAUACACGAAGUCUAUCAUGAAAAUCAAAGUAUACAAAAGAAUAUUAAAGUUUUCCAGAAUCUUUUGAAAAGUCAGCGUAUAAAUUUGAAAUGGAAAAUGGCGGCCAAGGAUGGCAUUAUACAGAAAUAUGAAAAAGAUUUGGCCACUUGUAAAUAUGAAAACAAUAUAAAGAUUAAACAAGAAAUAGUACGCUCCAGUCGUCUUAUCGGACAAAUCCAUGCCUCUAGUGUGCUUAAACAAAAAGAACUAAAAGAAGAACUUGAGCGUAUCAAAAUAAGUUAUGAACAGUUAUUAAAAGAAAAUUUAAAACAAGAAAGAUCAGCUAGAGACGAAAAAAAUAAAUUACUUCUUCAAUUGCAAGCUUUAAUAAAAAAGUUCGACCAAACUAUGGGCGAUAAAAUCAAAGAGAACAUGUUUCUGCAAAAAGAAUACGAACGUCAGAAGAAAUCAUUUGAGGAAUUUUUAAUUGAAUACAAUAGAGAAGAGCUGGAAUAUGAACAGAUAGUACGAGCCAAAGAAGAGGAGGAAAAGCGACAACAUGAACAAAAAAUUCUACUCUUUAUGAUGAAUCGUUCGGCUCGUGUUAUACAAAAGCAUUGGCGUAAAUUUAGGCGGGCCCAGAAAAAAGCCGCCAAAAGAGGAAAAAGUCGGGGAAAGUCUAAAAAGAAAUAAAAAUGUACUACUGACUUUAUAAAUUAACGAAAUAAAACUAUUAUGCUUUGAUAAAAAUAUCAGUUUUUUAUUCAAAUUAUUUAGAUUU